AUGUUUGAGAAUGUAUUAGUUAAAAGGAAAUAUGGUGGGGAUCCAAAAUGCCAUAAUGGCAAAGAACUAAAAAAGAGAACUAUUAAGAAAGCUAAAGAAACACAAUUUCAAAUAGUUGUUCAAGCCGAGACAGCAGACAAAAUGCAGUGUAUUGAUGAAGAAGAUGCUGAUGGUGAUGAUGUUGACAAUGAAGAUGAAGUUGAUGUUGACAAUGUUGAUAAGCAUGCUGAUAAUGAUCAUGAUGGGGUUGACGAUGAUGAUGGUUUUGAUCAUGAUGAUCAUUUUGAUUAUGCUGAACUUGAACCUGAAGUUAAAAACGCCAUGGAAAUCAAUGAUGAGAAUGAAGAGGCUCUCUAUCGAAGGGUUGUGGAUGAAGAUGUAGAAAGCCAGAACAGGAUGUUUGAAGUUUCUGCAUCUGGGAACCAUGCUCUAGUCAGAGUACUAACACAGUAUGAAGACCAUGGUGCCGGUGAGAAACAACAAAACAAUGAAGCCGAGGAGGCAAUGGCUGAGAAGUUGGUUGGGGCAUACAAAGAAUUAGAAGACUGUUACAAUAAAAUGAGGACAUUGUUUAAUCAGUCAAAGAUUGAAUAUCCAAACAGCCUCUUGGUACAUAUAAAAUAUUCACAACGUCUGACAUUGUUAAAUAACAUGUCAACAUUUGUUGAUGAAAACGCUAGUGAAGUGUCAGAUGAGAGAGACGAAGGUGAAAAUAAAGAUGAGGUUGAACGGGAAGGAGAAGGAGAAGGAGAACAUGAAGGGGAAUGGGAGAUCGCUGGAGAUCAAAAUGCCAAGGAAGUGCCAACAUUUGUUGAUGAAAAUGCCAAGGAAGUGCUAGAUGAGAGAGAAGAAUGUGAAAAUGAAGAUGAGGUUGAAAAGGAAGCUGAAGGUGAAAGGGAAAGGGAAGGAGAAGAGGAAGGGGAAGGAGAAGGGGAACAUGAAGGGGAGAUGGCUGGAGAUCAAAAUGCCAGACCCUCAACUGUUACGCCAAACCCCAUAAAUGAUGAUGCUCAAAAUGAAGAUGAAAGGGAGUCUGAAGAAAGUACAGGUGAAGAUAUAAACGAAAACGAUAUUAAAAGCUGGGAUUGA